UACGUUUUCGUCUUAUAAAAUAACGUAAAACAAUGUACAUCGCUACUCUCCAGAUUAUUUUACUUUUUCUAAUAAAAGUCAUUUACUGCAAUUAUAAUGAUGACAAAAAAGCCAUGUUGAAGUUAAAAGACAAAGCAAAAGAAAGUAUUUUUAAGAGACAGAAUGGCAAAGUAACAAGUUGUCGAGGACUUCCAGGACUUCCAGGCAGAGAUGGACGUGAUGGCAGAGAUGCUUCAUUGCGUGGUCCUCGUGGUAAGCAGGGAAAACCAGGUCCAGCUGGGCCACCAGGACCUAAAAGUAAACCCACGUCAACCGGUGGAGUGGUCUACACCAGAUGGGGAAGAAAACAUUGUCCUAACACAGCAAAAACUGUUGAGAUUUAUUCUGGAGCAAUCGGAGGAGCGCAUUAUUCACACAGUGGGAGUGGAUCAAAUUAUCUCUGUUUACCGUUGAAUCCAAUAUACGAGAAAUACGCUGCUGGUUAUCAAAGUAACGCAAUCAUUUAUGGUACUGAAUACGAGAUUACUUCUGCUGAGAAAUAUAUAUUUCCAAAUCCAAACUUACACGACCGAGAUGCUCCAUGUGCUGUAUGUCAUGCUAAGUCACGUGGUAGUCACAUGAUGAUUCCAGCGCGCAAUAUCUGUCCUUCAGGGUGGACUAUGGAAUACAAAGGUUAUUUAAUGGCUGAACGUCAUGGUCACAAGCGAUCUGAGUACAUUUGCGUUGAUGGCAAGCCAGAGGCAAUGCAUGGAUCUCAUGAAGAUAAAAAUGGAGCAUUGCUGUAUUUUGUUGAAGGCCAUUGUGGUUCUUUACCAUGUCCACCAUAUGUCGGUGGAAAGGAGCUGACCUGUGUAGUCUGUACUCAGUGAUUUAAGGGUUUCAAUGCACAUUUGCACGUAUUUUGGCAUUAUCUGUAGUAAAACUGAAAAAACAUAAUUUUGAAUUUAUGUAAUAACUAGAUCAGUGACGUCACCAUUAUUUUCCUUUAAAUAUCCUUACAUGCACUUAAGUUCUAUGAUAAAAAUACAAGAAGAAAUGUUGAUCACCAACAA